AUGGUUCUAUCGUGCUUAUUAUCCGGUAUAUUGACUACAUAUCUCAUAAGUAAUCCUUAUGGUAGCUAUGUUCCAAUCAUCUUAAUAGCCAUUUAUGAAUGGUAUAGAUCUUAUCCACGAUCAAUACGUUCAUUUUAUGGUUUAUGUCGAUUAUUAUUAUUCAUAUUAAUUAUUAGCUUAUGGAAUGUAUUUGUAUUGACACUUAUCAUUCAAAGUCUUGCUUCAUUAUUAGGUUAUCGUCAUAUGACAAUAAACAAAGUUCAACAUUUAUUUCCAUAUGCAUUAAUGUUUACUACCUUUGCUCGAAAUAAGCAUGAUAUGGAUUUAAAUGAUAAAAGACGCUAUAUAAUACAUUUAUUAUAUGAUAUACCAGCAUUUUUAUUAGUUAUAGGUUUUAAAUUAUUAAAUAAUCCAUUAAAUUCAUUAUGUAGUCAAAUUACGACUUGUUGUUAUUUAGGUUGUUUGCCUAUUCCUGCCGAUGUAGAAACAUUAAGUAAUAUUGGGAUUAAAUAUGUUGUUAAUAUGUGUGCAGAAUAUAGCGGUCCACGUAAAACAUAUAAAAAAUAUAAUAUAAAGCAAUUACAUUUACCAACCGUAGAUAGUACAGCACCAUCAUUAAAGACAAUUGACAAAGCAAUUAAAUUUAUGAAAGAAGUUUAUACAAAUAAUGAAAAAAUAUUUGUUCAUUGUAAAGCUGGUAUGGGAAGAAGCGCUACGAUUGUAUUAUGCCAUUUGGUUGCUAAUGAACAGAUGUCACCGAAAAAUGCAUUAAAAUUACUCAAAGAAAAAAGACCUGAAGUAUCAACUAGUAUUAUCACUUAUGGAUCUGUAAAACAGUUUUUCACCUUGUUGAAAAGCAAUAAAACGCAAUAA